AUGGAGAGUGCACUCCAGCCAAUAAUUGAGGAGUACAAGGUGGAUGCUUUUGAUGCUCUCCACUUCAAGCUUAUACCCAUAUAUAAACGCCCGUUAAACGAUUUAAUAGUUCGAGAAAAAAGCGACCUCGAGGCCGGCGAGUCAUUCAAUCCGGAGAUGACGCAUCAGAUCUUUGGAGAAAGCGAGAAAAUAUUCGGCUAUAAAGACUUGAGUGUGACUAUCGCUGUAAUGGCCGGAUCUCUUUCUACGUACGUCGAUAUCAAGUAUUCCGAAAAAAUUUCUCCCAACUUGUCGAAAGGAGUAGAGCCAGAUGAUAUUGUAAAAGAAAUGAGCAAAAUUUACGAUGAAAAAUUAAUUACAUCAGAAGCCGGCUUCUGGGAAACCUUUGGAGAGGAGUUGAGCUUUAGGCCUUUCGGAACUUUGAAAUCGGGUUAUACCCUCAAUAAAGGAGGACACGCUCAUGAGUUUGUAAUCUACCAUGUAGAUCAAACUGCAGACAACUUCGAUGAGUUCACUAAGUACCAUAAGCGGAUGGAACCAUUUUUAAUGUAUUUUAUCGAUGGUUCCAGCUUUAUUACAUUGGACGAAAACUGGAGUUUUUACAUUUUAUAUGAAAAAUUCACAUCUCAUAGUUCUCCAGAAAAACGCUAUGCCCUAGUUGGAUUUCUGACCAUGUAUGCAUUCUACGCCUUUCCGGAACACGUACGACCUCGUGUCAGUCAGGUGCUCAUUCUUCCCCCGUUCAGGGGAAUGGGCCACGCCACUCGCCUUUUGGAGGUUGUUUAUGAUGACUUCGUGCCCCUCCCCAAGGUUAUCGACAUCACAGUGGAGGAACCUUCGCCAGACUUUCAGCGCCUUCGAGACUUUCUGGAUUGCAAGCGUUGUCUUCAGUUAAAUGAAUGCCUUCAGCAAAUCAAGUCGGCGAUAACAUCUUCAAAUGCCCCAGCCACAAACGGUCGCAGUGUCGGUGCCGAUGGAGACGCAAACAGUUGCCCCAAAAGACGCCGCACCUCGGCCGUGGUCCCUGCCGUUUCCGUUAAUCCUGCUGCACCUUUUGUUUGUGUGGCCAAAGAGAAGUUGAAGCUCUGCAAGAAACAGGCUUAUCGUGUUUAUGAUAUCCUUCGACUCUUUCUCCUGCCCCGCAACAAUCCGGAUGCGGAAGCAAAAUACAAAAAUGCGCUAAAAGAGCGCACCAAGAUAAUUUACCGCGUAAGUUUGCUGAUUCAUCCUCAUUUUGCCACGAAUUCCGUGGUCUAA